AUGAACGAAUUCACGCCCCUGGUUAAACCACUUCAAUCUCAGACCACCAUUGACUCUGUUGCAAAGGAAUGUCCUUCUGAAGGAUUCAACUAUCCUACAUUUCGCCAACUCGCAAAAAAUGCACGGCUAUUUAUCUCAAAACCACUGGAUCCUGACGUAGCAUCUUCGUAUUAUCGUCUAUUUUCGGUCGCAAACUCAAAGGGAUGGUUUGUUGCAGUGAAAUCAGCGGAAUCUGGUUCAGAACUUGUAUUCUCGCCCCUUGAUGAGCUUCGCUUGGCUUCCGAGGCGGCAAAAACGGACGACGAAACUCUGUUCAACCCAAAGCGAACCGUGUCGAUUCCCACACGCGCCACCAUUGUCGCUUUUGCAUGCGGUGAUACCAAGCUGUUAGUUGGUCUGGCUGACGGAUCAGUGGUGGUAUACGACACCUCGUCGCUUUUUACGGAAGGAACGAACGAUGUCCAACCUCUGGGGAGAAACGAAAUUCAGACCUCGCCGCUCCGCCAAGUCGUACCUAAUCCUGGUACAGAGCCUGGUCUGAGUGACCUUGUAGCAAUCGUCAGCGACGGCAAGGUGGAACUUCUCAAUAUGAACUUGGAGUCUCAGGGUGGUUGGGUCGCCAGCGACCUCAUGUCACAACCUAUCUCUGUGGAUUGGUCUCCCAAGGGAAAACAUAUCGCUAUUGGUCUGCAAACCGGCGACAUCCUUACAUUCGCUAUCACGAACAAAUCGACUCCCAACAAGCACAUACCUCCCACUACGAAUUCUGUCCUAGUGUCGUUGAAUUGGCUUGGACCCGGUCACACAUUCCGCACAAGCUAUGCCGCACAAGACGACUCCCCUGCGCAACACAUCGUCGUGCUUGAUACGAAAUCAUCUACUGCGACCUACUUUGCCCCCGACCAUCCAUUCAUAUCGGGAGAUCGAGUUAAUCAGGCUGCAUAUGUCCUCAACUUCCCCAAAUGGGACGGCGCAGAAAACCAAUAUCUUACCGUUGUGGGCGAUCUCGCGUCAGUUGAUCUAGAGAUCCUGGGUAACAGUGGGAACCAGUGGUAUCGUCAAUCGCAGGAAAACCCGUUGACUCUCCCGUUGGACAAAGAGAUGAAUGACACGAUUCUCCUUGCACUUGAAACCGACCUGACUGACCCCAGAUACGAUUCACCCAUUAUGUAUGCAUAUCUCAGCGACGGUUCUCUUCAAGGCUGGUAUGUCGAACACACGAAGCCAUACCUGGGAAUGAUGAACGGCAAGAACCUGGCUGCUGUAGACACAAACUCGCAGGUACCAGUACAGUCGCAGGAGAGUGCUGCGCCUCAGGCUACAAGUGCCUUCGGUAUGUCCGGCUUCGGGCAGCAGCCAGCGCAGAGUACACCAGCUUUUGGGCAAACAGGUUUUGGGCAGCAGCCAUCAUCCACGCCAUCUGCAUUCACCUCAACCGCUCCGGCCUUCGGACAAUCAUCCUUUGGCCAACCAUCCGCAUUUGGCUCUGCUUUGUCCAGUUUCGCACAACCAAGCACGACCACAUCCGCAUUUGGUGGCUCCAGUAGUAAUAGUGGUGGCUUUGCUGCGUUUGCGGGCGGCUCCGGGGCAUUUGGAAGUGGCGGUGGAUUCGGCUCUGGAGGAUUUUCGUCGAGUCCUUCCACAGGUGCUUUUGGUUCGAAUACCACCACCAACGCUUUCGGACAAGGGGGCUUUGGUUCUGCCGCUAGCAACACUCCCGCCGGUGAUUCGUCAUCAAUGACUCGCGAAGCAUCGAUGUCUGACUCUACACCUGGGUUUGGAGGUUUAUCAUUGGGAAGCAAACAUACGGCGGACGAUAACGCUGUCAACAGCAUGUUUGGAUCUUUUUCUACGACAUCGAGUUCGAGUCAACAACAAUCAACGUCUAGCUUUGGUGGCAGUUCGCUUGUUAAACCUGCCACUGGAUUUGGCGCGUUUGGUAAUCUGCAGACUUCCAGUGCAUUUUCAUCGCCAAAGCCAGCCACAACUGUAAAUGCCUUUGCACCCGCACCGCCAUCAGCCCAAACAUCUACGACAUCUACAGCAUCUCCUGCGUUCGGUCAGUCUGGCUUUGGACAACCAGCAUUCGGGAAGCCCAGCUUCGGUGCACCCUCUGCAUUUGGAGCUUUUGGGAAUGCGGGUUCUCAAGCCCAAAAGCCUGCCACAACAACACCGUCCUCCGGUGGAUUUGGCGCAUUUGCAUCGACGCCAACUUCCUUUGGAUCUGCACUGGGAUCAACAGCAAAGCCCGCUGAAACCAAACCUGCUAGUGGAGGAUUUAGCGCGUUCGCUUCAGCUUCGCCUUCUGCGUUUGGAGCGGCAGCGGCAUCACCGAAACCUGCAGAAUCGAAGCCAACUACCGGAGGGUUUGGAGCAUUUGCCUCGGGUGGGCCUUCUGUGUUCAGCGCGGCUGCCAAAGACAACGCGUCCUCUUCUUCGUCUAGUUCAGGGGGAGGGUUCAGCGCGUUUGCUUCUUCGGCACCUUCACCGUUUAGUCAAGCUGCCAACGAUGCCACGCAAAAACCAUCUUCAGGUGGCUUCAGUGCCUUUGCAUCAGCUACUCCCGCAUUUGGUGUACCCGCCACACCCAAGGCUGUUACCGACUCUUCAUCAACAAGCACGACUCCCCCUGCUGAACCGAAACAAAGAACUACAGUAUUUGGGACGCCGACUGGUGCUGCUGGCAGUAGUUCCCCUUCACCGUUCAGCGCAUCCAAUGUCAGGUCCUCUAUCCCUAAAGGAGACGAAAGUCCAACUGGCUCACCCAAGGGCACAUCGUUCGAUGCUUCCCCGCCGAGUUCGCCAGAGUCGAAACCUGCUGUUCCGCCAGUAUUUGCAAAGAGGGAUGAAAGUUCUCCGUCGCCGUUUGGGGGCAGUGGCUCGAAAUCCCCGUCGCCAUUUGGCCAACCCUCAUCUCCUUCGCCCUUUGGCCAACCUUCAUCUCCUUCGCCGAGUGGUGGUGCCUUUGGUAAUCUUCAAGUCACGCCCUCAGUGUUCAAACCAGCUGCUGGAUUUGGCGCAUUCGGGAGCAACGAAACGCCCAAGACUUCCGCGUUCUUCAAGAAACCAGACGAAACCCCGCCUCCAGUCUCAGCGUUUAGUCAAAUCACCACUACCCCCAAAACACCUGUCACUACCUCGGCCACUCCUGCGUUUGGUGCAACGUCUGCCCUUGGCGCGAAAUCGGUCUUUUCGCCAGCCCAGUCUCCCAGCGCAACACCGACAAAGGCACCAACAACAGGCGCGUUUAGCGCAUUCAGUGGCGCAUCGGGUGGGUUCUCGGCCUUUGCGGGACCCAAGACGUCUUUCACGGAUUUGUUGAAGUCGAAGGGUGAUGAGGCAACGGAUCCCAUCAAGCCAGCUGCUACUCCUGUGUUUUCCAAGCCUGAAAGCGAGAGCAAACCUGUUGUUUCUGUUUUCGCUACUUUAGCUGCGAUGGAAAAAGACAAGGAGAAAGAGAAGGAAAAGGAGAAGAAGCAAGAAGAUAAAGAGGCGGAGAAGGAAAAGGAUAAAGAGGAGCCUAGCACUUCGUCGUCCAAGGACGGUAAGAAGACAAUCCCCAGUGAGCCCUCGUACGGUAAUUUAUCUCUCUCAGCUUCUUCUUCUGGGUCGUUCGUAGAGGUUGGAGCAAACGAUGCCGACAAUGGAGAAUUGGAUGACGGAGAAGUUUCCGAAGAUGAUGGAAACCACAGCGAUUUCUUGUCGGAUAAUUUCGAGGAAUCAUCGUAUAAAGACGGCGAUUCGGCGAACGAAGAGUCGGACGAAGAAGAUCUGCCAGAGGAAAGAAAUACUCCAUCGCCUGAACCACCUCUUCCUCCGUCACGGUCGCCGUCCGCUACACCUCAGCCUGAGAUCCCGUCUAUCCAGGUAUCAGGCGAUGGUGCGGACGAAGAAUCUCCUUCUAAGGCUGUUCCAACACGCGAACGGAGUACGACGCCACCAAGCACCCCUGUAAAGGAAUCUAAAGCACCGACAUCCUCGAGUCCGUCGUUGGCUACACCCGGCGCUCCGUCUACCUCGCCAUUUGGUAUUGGGAUAGGAAGGCCAAGCACGCGGCCUGUGCGUAGUUCACCGCUGGCCAAUGCGGUUUCGGCAGAGGAUGAAGAAGAAGACGAUGUCACGAAGUCGCCACCGAAGGCAAAACCCACAGUCUCUCCGAAACCUGUUUAUGGUGCUUUGCCCUUGGACACGAAGGGCAAAACUAAGGAAACGGAUGUGGGGGAUGAAGAGGCCACACCUAAGAAAUCCCCGACCGCCAAAAGACCAAAGACGCCUCCAUUGCUUUCAACCAUGGGUCCUCCGCCUACACCCAGCCCAUUCUUAUCUCCUCCCAUCUCCAAGACUUCUUCAGGCAGCUCUGAGUCCUCAUCAAUCAAAUCGACCGCCUCAGCGCCACCUCUUUUCGGUAUGGGGGCAAAACCAGCGGCAGCAUCUACCCCCAGUUUGUUUGGUACGCCAAAGGCUGAAGUCACCCCUGUCGGCUCAUGGACGUCGACAACACCAUCUAAACCAGAGCUGCCCCGAGCAAACACUGCACCAGCUGCGCCUGGCACACCAACACCCAGUCUUUUCGGCGGUGGAUUCUUCGCACCCCCGCCUCCAGCUGCGAAGGCGCCGACGAAUGCUUUCUCCAUGCCACCAUUUACUUUGGGCGGCGCGGCAGCUGGUCCGGCUAUUCCACCUGCGGGAACCAAUCUCUUUGGAAGCAAAACUGCCCCAGGGCCCGCCACUCCCACUGGACCAGGCAUCUUUGGAGGCAAAGCUACGCCACCACCCCAACCUGGUGGUAUCUUUGGAAUGAAGCCACCAACUGCCGCAACGCCAGGCAGCCCAUCCAAUGUGUUUGGAGGUGGAAUUCAACCGCCUAAACCGUCACCAUUUGGAAAUGUUCAAGCUACACCUCCGGCACCGCCGCAACCAUCCCCUGAAGCCAUCCUGGAAGAAGGAAUGCAGAAGGAAUGCGCAGCUUUGGUGAACAUGGUCACUGAAGAUUUGGCACAGUUACCUCUUCAUGCUUUGAAGUUGGGAGAAGCAAUAGCUGCGGCUGGUGCCAUGGCUGGAGGCUCGCGCAACUUAAGCGAUCUCGGUGUGCAGGCGAAAUGGAGUUUGGGUGAUCUGACUCAGUUCAAGAAACUUGUAUUGCAGUAUGAGGCAGUCCUUGAUGAGAUGGAAGCCACGCACGAGAAGCAGAAGCAGGUAGUGCACGACUUGCAGAGCAGCAUGCUGAAGUGUGGUACGAGAAAGGAAGAAAUCGCGAGGUUCCAUAAGGCGAAGGACGAUAAAGAUUUCGCAAAAAUGCUGAAGUCUAGGACGUUGGGUCCUGAGCACAUUGAAACUCAGACGCACCUUCGAAAGAACAUAAGGGCUAUCCGCGACCGCGUUCAGAAACUUGAAUCGCACUUACAGGAAAGCAAAAAGAAGCUGUCCCAAGCUGCUACAUGUAGACCCUCGGUCAAGGCUCCAUCACUCGACACAAUCAACCGAACGUUUCGCAACAUCGAGCUCGCAAUUGAUCAGCAAGCAGAUGAAGUCUCUCGCCUCGCUACCCGCAUCUCGAAACUCGACAUGGCGGAGAAGUCCAGUUCGGUAUCGCGCAGAGACGCACGUCUGCCAGACGCAGCUGGUCGCCGCGUUCAUGACAUCAUCCCAGAUGUCGCAGCAACCACUGCAGCUGCGCUCAACGCCGAGCGAUCAGCACAGAGGCUAAAGAACGCACUCCUUGCGGUGCGCAAGGAGCCUUUGCUUAAUAAUACAGUAGCACAAGCACCGCCUGCUCUGUACGCGUUCCAGACUCCUCAGAAAUCAUCGACGUCGAGCGGCCCCAGCAAGUUUGCGUUCAAGGCGCCCGCCAGCGGGUCAUUGUUCUCCGAUGUACCGACACCAUUGUCUGCAUCUGACAUUAUGCCCAACUGGGAUCUCCCAGAGGACAACUUCAUGCCCAUGGACGCAGCAAAUCUCAUUUCUACACGCUCGCAAUCCAAACAGAGGAUACACUCCCCUUCGGCGCAGAUCAAAAAGACACCGGGAUCGGGAGGGUCGACACCGCCUGCAGAAUUUGACUGGGGCCCACUUCCAAACUUCCAAAGUCCUCCUGCGAAACAUAUGCCCAACAGGUUCUUCCCGGUUUCGCCAGCGGCCAAGUAA